AUGGUGUAUCAGGAACAAGUUACAGCAGUCGUAAUGUUAUGCAAAACACUGGAGGAUGGCAAGCCAAAAUGCAGCCAGUAUUGGCCAAUGCAAGCUGGCGAAAAUAAAACAUACGGCUGCAUGUUUGUUAUGAACAAGCGGACGGAUCGCGAGGACAAAUUCGACACGUAUAUACUGGAAGUGCUCCCGGAAGGCUGCUCAAAUUCGGUUAUCGUAAAGCUCAUCCAUAUGACUGAUUGGCCGGAUCGUGGCGUACCACCGAGUGGAAUGGCUAUUCUCAGACUCAUUCGAAUGUUGCCAACGGUAUCUUUCCCGCAUUUCUCAAAAUCAGUUUUUUUAAAAGUGGCGGGCUUAUCUCGGCCAAAGCAUGUCUAG